AUGAUAGCAGAGGAUUGGCAAAGAUCGAAAAGCGCGAAAGAAAGAAAUAUAAUGAUGAGGAGAGCUAAAAGUGCGCGAAUAAUUACUACAUUCGGAUAUUCUCUUAUGGGAUUAGCAUAUAUCUUUAUUGUCGCUCUGCCUGCUUUUGGAAUUUCCAUACGACACUUAUCAAAUAUUACUGAUCCAGGCAGACCAAUGUUAAUACAAACUUAUUACAUUUACGACGUAACGAAAACUCCACAAUACGAGAUGACGUAUAUUGUACAAUCUAUUUCCCUCUUCUGUGCCAUGGCGUGUUAUGUGGGAAUCGAUAAUUUUCUUGGGUUAAUAGUGUUUCAUAUCUGUGGCCAGUUGGACAUUCUUAGACAUCGUUUUAUUUGUUUGAAUAAAUUUAUGAACUUUCACGUAGAUCUAAAGAGCUGCGUAAUAAAUCACAGUCGAUUGUUAAGAGCCAUUGCUGUUGUAGAAGACAUAUACAAUAUAAUACUUCUUAUUAAAGAUAGUAUAGCACAAACUUGA